AUGACCUCUCUCUGGUACUGCUGCGGCUGCAACUUCGGCCCUCACAACUCCUCCCUCUACGUCUCUUGCAUCCAGUGUGGAGAAGCGCGGUGCCCUCGCUGCAUUGAACAGAAAGAAGACUCAUUGAGCAUAAACAUCAAUAUCGACUCCCACUCCCACUCCCAUUCCAACAGCUGCAACCCAAUCUCCGCAUACCCAACCGCCGUCAUGAACUCUCCGCCCUCCACUCCAACGCUGGAGCCCACAGCCUCGCCCAUAGUCGUACCAGACCUCCCCGGUUUACGAACUCUACCCCGGGUCGACUGCUCAGGCAUCUCACCAGUCUCACUAAGUGGAACGCGAUACAACUCCGAGACCUAUAUGUACAUCUGCUGCGAAUGCAAUGAUGGACCUAAGAUAUACAACCAUCAGCCCCAGUGCGUGGUUUGCAACCAUAUGGCCUGCGCAGGCUGCACGUAUGUGAAGUGA